GUGCUAGGUUCGCGGAAUAUUGGUUAAGAAAAAUCUAAUAAACUGCUUUAAAAUUUAGUAAGUGUUGAAAUAAUAUAUACAAAAAUGUGCAGUACAUAACAAAGAAAAUAAAUACCAUUCAUAGAAAGAGUUAUUAGUCUAAGAAAACACUACAAAAGAGAUGAUGCAUGAAUAGCUUUUACUGAAAAGGUGUUUUGGUUAAGAAAGUGUAGAAAUAAAGGGAAUCGUGUGAAAAUCUGGCAAAGCGGGUGCAGCAAAUAACCGAAAAAGUAGCGUAACGAAUGAAGGUGGAUGGCACAACCGAAAUUAGCCUAAAGGGAAAAAUACCGAAAGGCGAAAAUGCGUGAACUGCAUAAACGAAUCUUUUCGCCGUACUGAAGAAUCAAGAAGUAAUAUAUCUAUCGCGGAUGAAUGAGUGAAAGAAAUGUAUACUGACCCCGUGUCAGUCUUUUUGUGUUAGUGUGAGUGAGUACAUGCUAUAUUGAACUGAUGUAAACAAGAAUUUUUGCAAAAGGAAGAAUUGUACGAAAACAAAUUAAAACGUGAUGAGUAAAAUGUGAUUUUGGGGAAGUCUCUAUAGUGGCGUUCCAGAAAUCUUGUUUGAAAAAUGUGAUCAGUUUAAAUAUGUGCCAACGGGAAUUGUCCAGAUUAUUUAUUUGUAAAGUAUAAGUUAAUACCGUAUAUAUAAUUCAUGAAUGCAUUAUUUUAUGAAAUCGCAGUUUUUUAUCAAUGUGAAAGCGUGUAAAAGGCUAACAAUUAGGAUAUAGAAAAUCCAUUACCUUGUUCCAGCUUCGAAAUGCACAAAUAUUAAAAAAACUAUAAAAAAAAACAUUUUAUUUGAUAUCCUAACUCCUUUUGCAAUAAACCAAAUAUUAAACGCUGAGGAGCAAAGAAACUGACAGUUCGAAGGCGCUCUGUCAUCCAUUCAGCUGCUUUCUGUCGUGUUUACUGCUCGUUCUUUACCUUUUUUCGCCUUCUGUUACGUAGAGGGAUCAAGAGGAAAUAAAAAAGGGAAAAAGUUGCCGGAGUAGAAGCAGAAAAAGGAAACGAAUUGUGUAUAGGUAAUAUCCUAAAUGCUUACUUACUAAAAUAAAAUACCAGUUAUUGGAGAAUCUUUGAAUUUAAUCAGGAUCAACGAAUAAGGUGAAAUGUCUAACAAUAACCCGCAUGGACACAUAAGCCAACCGACGCAAAACCCUUCAUGGAAUCAUUUGCAAAUACCAUCGUAUAUACCGAGGCAGCCACAGUUGGCGCACAUGUCCAACGAACGUCCCAUGGUGCGAUCACCAUCGGCAUGGCAUGCGCCGGCACCGCCACCGGAUUCCCUAUAUAAUUUCAUGUCGGCCAAUCAUAAAAAUCUCGAACAUCAGAUGAACACGCUGCUGCCACGUUCAUUACUACCCCCAUUCGACUCGAUGGACUUAUCACUUCAAUCAAGUCGUAGUUCCAGUUCACCUCUGAACAAGGCAGGUGGUCAUGCGCCCGGUAUGCUGCCACAUGAAUAUGGCGGUCAUAAACAUGCAACUACGCCACAGCCAUCAGGACCACCACCACCGCAUCAGCAUCAACAACAUCCACACCAGCAGCAGCAGCAGCAACAACAACAGCAGCAGCAGCAAGGUCAAUCACAAUUGCAUGGACCAAAUAGUUACCCGAUUCAUAAUUUAUCAUCGAAUUCACCCUCUAGUUUAGCGCAACAGCAACACCAACAACAAUCACAAUCUCAACAUGCACAUCAUUCGCAACUAUCUGCGCUGCAAUCAUCGCCUGCCACGCAUGGCAUGCAAAGUGCUACACCCCAAUCUCCAGCAUCGCCAGCUGCAAGCCAGGGUCCGGGGAAAUAUAUGAAUACGAAUGGCAACGAUUGCGAAGGAAUGUUACCACCUAGUUCCACAAAUCCUGGUGGUCCAACGUCGGUGGGUGGCAACAAUAAUAAUGGUGGCGGAAGUGGUGGCACCGGCAAUGGCGGUGGUAGCGGUGGUGGUCCGAGCCCUGUACAUCCGUACAUGCGCGAACCAAAUGAUGCGCCAACACAUAUGGGCGACAGUUAUGGAAAGGUAUCUCAUUUGGCACGCAACUAUGAGACUGAUUUGCAGUCCAAGGGUGCUAGUUCCAAGCCAGUUGAGUUGGUUAGCAAAGAUUGUAAUUAUCCCUCGCUUAUAUCAAAUAAAAUGCCGUCACAUACACAGCAAACGCAGCAGCAGCAUCAACAGUCACAAGUUUCUCCCAAGAAACACUCGCCAAUGCGCACCUAUCAUGCACAACAGCAGCACCAACAUCAUCAUCAACAGCAGCAGCAACAACAACAGCACCAGUCAUCGUUUAACAAUCCCUCACAAUCCACAAUGAAACACAAUGGCCCGCACACACCGCCAACACCACAGUCUCCAGUUAUGCAUCAACAAUCUGGCGGACCUUUGCAUGGCAUGGACUACAAUCAAAUGCAUUUGCAGCAGCAGCCGCCGCCGCAGAGCACUUACCCACAUCAGCAACAGCAACAUAUGUCGCAGCACUUGCCACCUCCACCACCACAGCAUGCUCUACACUACCCACCACACCCGCACGCACAUCCACAUUCACACAGCUUGCUGCCACAGCAAUCGGCACACCAGCAACAACAACCAACGUCACAAUUGUCGCAACAGAACCAGCCACAUCAUGUGUCAACGCAACAGCAACACAUACAUCCGCCAAUGCAUCAAACGCAACAACAUCAUCACCAAGUUUCGCCACGCAUGCACCAACACCACCAACAUCAGCAACAGCAACAACAAUCCAUGCAACCGCAGCAACAGAAUUCGUCGCCACCGAUGCGUCAUACUUUGAGUGCCCAUUUACACCGCACUAACUCCAGCAAUGUAACGCGUCCGGAUGAUAUGGCUCCUGUUGCAUCGAAUGCAUCAAACACCUCAUCAUACAAUAUGCAUUCAACUGAAAAGAAGAAAUCUUCACCGCUCGGCGAAAACGCCGUGAUAGCUGAUCUUUCACCUGCAGCUAUUGACACCACUGCUAAUAUUCCUUUUUCAACGAGCGGGGCCUGUGCGCCAAGUUGCAUACCUGACAGCGCUGAAUCACCGUCUCCGGAAGCAGUGUCAUCACAUUGCGAAUCGUUGGACUCAAAUAGCAAUAGCAGUGGUGGUGGAGGCGCUAGUUUUCGACAGCGUUUACAAAAACGGGGCAGCAUCGAAGCCAAGUCUUCAGGCACUGAGCAUGAAGCUGCUGAUUUUGGCAAUGUUAUAAUGCCGGCACAGGGUAGAGGAGAUGCUCUACAACGGCGGCAGCAAUUGCCACGGAAUAACAUUCCUAGAACUCCAAAGUCUUCACCACCGGAACAAAUGAGACGUUCGCCCCGAAAGGCUGAUAGCAAAUCACCUACAAGCAAUUUAACUAAAUCACCUCCCACUGCAACGGCAAACUUGGGUACACCAUUCUCACUGCAAGAAAAAAUGCCAACGGCCUCUACACCAUCUUCGCCAACAAGCCAGACAAUGGAGAAUGGUCGCAUACCUACAGCCAGCACAGAUACAAACUCGCUACGAACUAUGGCCGAAGCGUUUGCAGACUCGGAAGUGGAAACAAUUGAUAAAAUCAGCGCCAUGAUUGCCAGUACUGCAAACGAUAGUACACCGAAUAUGGAUGCGAAUAGCAAUUCAAGUGUCAAGAGUAUCGGUGAACGAGAGAACAGUGUUAUUAGCAGCGGCAGCCCAAAAACCAAAAAACAGCGACAAGCGCUAAAACUGCGCAAUGCCUCGGAAUACAACUCCAAUUCGAACGGCUCAAGCAAUUCAUAUGGCGCUAUUGGAAACGCACCAAGCAGGUGUAUGACAAUGAGUGAUAAUGCUGUCGCAGUUGAUGAAUUGCGGAAAGAACUAAUGCGAUCAGAAUUGCAGCAAACGGAUGAGACUAACGGCAUGAAAUCAGCAGUCACGCAUUCCACAAAAACUGAUCGCGAUAGCGCUGCCAGCAUAAGCAUUGAGACAGAAACCGAUACGCGAAUUCGUCAUCCACCACCGCUGAGCCCGCAAAGCAAUAGUCACAGCAGCAGCAGUUCGUCGAGCAGUUCAAGUUGCAGCAACUCCAGUCACAGCAGCAUUGGCAGCAAAACAGCAACAAAGGCAGGGAAAGUGUCAGGAAGUCAGUGCACCGUUAUCGCUUCGACGGGAUCAGCCGUUGAGGAUGCAAACAAGACAACGCGGCAGGCUCAAACCGACAACAAAACUUCGUCAACAUUAGCCGACAAUGAGCCAUUGAAUUUGAAUACACUCAAAGCUGACACAGUAACAGCUUCGUUUGAGGAGGUGGAAAAUAAGUUGGAGGAAAUGUUCGCCGGCAUUGAGGAUGAGCCAAUUAUACCAGAGCCCGAAGAUAUUGUUUCGCAGGCCCCUGCCAAUGCGACCGAGGUGGUGCGCGAUUUAAGCUUGGCAUUGGAGUUAUCCACAAAUACCAGCACACAACACAGUGCCCCAGCAUCUGAUGAGGCAAUGGAGUUGAACCAAUCUGUGAAUGCUUGUGUUAAGGAUAUGAGUGCGCCGCUGCAUGUGCGUACUGAUGGUCCACCUCCAACGAAGGCCGCCAAAAAAUCCACACUACCUAGUCCUGUGCGCAAACCAGCUGUUGAAACGCCACCUGAUGGUUCUUCAGCUUCAGCGGGAGCUGUGCAGAAUGCGGACGAAAAGAAGAUUGCAAAGGAGAGUGAUGCAGCAUUAGCUGCUGUUGGCAGGCGAAAUGGUCCGCCACGUCGUCGCCUCUCAGUUGCUAUGGAUCCAGCAAAUUUGCGCAUUAUGUUGGGGGAGGAACCUGACUUUACGGAAACACGUCCGCAACGCGCGAAACGCGCAGCCGCAUCUAAAAGGAAUAACAAUAACACUGAUAACAGCGGCGACCAUAGCAAAGAAGUCAUAUGCUUAGAUGAUGAUGACGAUCAGCCGAGCACUUCUGCCGCUGCAGCCGCAGCCUUAGCGGCUAAGACGAUGGUCGCUAGCACAGCCAAAGAAGCAGCAUCGCAUGCAGUCGGUGGAAGCGGUACCAAUGCGAAAGCAACACCCAAAAACGCUAAAGGCGGCAAAACGCAGGAUACGCGCAAACGACCCAGUCGCGCUAAUGAUGUUGGCAAGAAUGGUGGUAAGAAGAAGUUGACGGGGAAGCAGCAGCAGCGGCGUAAACAACAGCAAAAUUCGUCCGAAGAUGAAGCGCCAGCUGCUCCGACGUCUUCUGCCGUCGCGGAGCAAAUAAAAAAUAAAUCCCCAUUUAUCUUGGUCAAACGGGAUGGUAGCAUAAGUGUGGUGAAUGCGCCAUUGAAUGCUGAAGAUGUAAACGAAAAGCACUCGGGCUCGCGGCUGACCAAGAAGCCUGCAGGUGCUGCCGGAUAUGCGCACGAUAGGAAAAACCUGCGGGGUCUGCACUCGUCCACGCUGAGCAAUAAAUACGAUGCAGAUACUACUGAUUCAACGUGGAUUUGUGUAUUUUGCAAGCGGGGUCCUCAUCGCAUGGGGCUAGGAGACUUAUUCGGACCCUACCUGGUCACAGUCGACUGUGAGGAGUAUAAAGCGGCGGUAAAAGCGCCUGAUGCACUUGAUUUGGAUGCGAUUUUCGUUAGCAAGCGGAGGCGUAUUGAUAUGGUUCAGACAAAUCCGCGUAAUCUGCCUGUGAUGGCUGCUAAAAACAGCGCAGCGGAAAUAGGCACAACUAUUGGCGCAACGCGUACAAGCGUUGGGAAAAAGAAAUCUAUGGACACAAGUAUGCCUGGAGCUCUGAAUUCCCUUGUACCAGUCAUUGACCCACUCGACUGCAGCGCAGAUGAAGCAUUGCAGCAUAAUUUCCUUGGCAUGAGCAAAGUUUCGGAAACAAGCUAUGAAGUGUGGCUGCAUGAGGACUGUAUUGUUUGGGCACCUGACGUAUUUCUAGUCGGCGUACGUGUCAUGGGGCUCGAUGCAGCGGUCUGGAAUAGCACUCACUACCAUUGUACGUUGUGCAGCAAGCCGGGUGCGAUUGUUUGUUGCCUGCAGCGCGAGUGUAAGGCGACAGCACAUGUGCCAUGUGCACGAGAGGCCGGCUGGAACUUAAAUGAGUCGACAAUGAAUGUGCACUGUCAGCAGCAUGCGACUACUAAUGCAGUGCAAACAACCGUGGCAGCAACAACAACAAUAACCACUCCUGCUGUAACAACCUCAGCUGCGGUACACGAACUGCAGGCUGCAAGCAGCGCACGUCAAUCUGAUUUAAAAAAUUCUUGAGAAACGCAGGUGAGCGAGAGUCGCCGUCCACAUUCCCGUGCACAUCAGCGUGCGCGUCGUCAACGUUGCUUAACGACGCCAUCGCAACGUCGAAACAAAAUGCAGCAAAAUUAAGCAAACGUCAAACCCGCAACAGCGUUGCAUUUAAAUUUAAGGGAUGAGGAGUAAAAGAGCAUCGAGUGAAUGUAAACGAACGAGGCCUGUUUUGACAGUGCUUUGGCUAUUGGUAAUCUGCUACACAUUCGUUAGUUUUAAGCGUAAAACAUUUUAAGGUUUUGUAAUAGAAGUGUAUAUUAUUAGAAACUUGGAUUUUGCAAACGAAUUGUACUACUCAUUAAGCUGAACGCUACUAUUACAGCAUCAGACCGGCCAAGGAAGCAAGGCCAUAAUAAUUGGCAAAAAGCUUGAAUUUAAUUAGCCACUGGGAAAAUUUUGAGCAAUGAAAGAUUGUUAAUUGUUUAAUCGUUACAAAAACUUUCGCAUGCGUUUAUUCAGCAACCAUUCUGGUACAUUUCGAAAAGCAAAAAUAAGUGACUAAUUUUUAUUAAUAUCUUUUGUUGUAUUAAAAUUUUACAUUUAGUUUUUAAUAUUAGUUUUUUUACAUAGAUAUUUUAUAUAACACAUAAGCAGGCGAACAUGCCUACGCACAUACAUUUACAUAUAUUAUGACAUACCUAUAAGCUAUUUGUAUAUAAAUAAUAGUAAUUGAGUUAGAAUCUAUGAGUGAUUGCAGUAGAAAAGCGAUUUUUAUUAUGGUAGCUCGCAGCGGGGCGAUUAUUACGUAUAUGUAAUAAUAAAUGAUCAAAACAGUAAGAAAAAUAGUUUUUAAUAAAUAUGCGGUUGCUAGUGCGAAAGACUAUGAUUGAUGCUAAAUUAUUUGAAAAUACCAAAAUUCAUAUCCUGAUCUACAAAAGAUAGCCAAACAAAUCCUUAAUAGAAGAAACCAAGUUUUUAUACUGAUUUGAAGUUGGAAUUAGGCAAUUGUGUCACAGAGCAAAUGUGGUUUUGUGCUUUCACAUACAUAUUUAUGAUAAUAGUAAUAAAGCUUAUUGUAAAAAAAAAAAUAAUAGUGCUGAGUUUCCCACUUGGCUGAUGAGUGUUUAAGUUUUUAGUUCAAAACAAGUAAAUAAAAAAAAAAAUGGUGGUGAUAGAAAAAUCGGAUAAAACGCAAUUAUGUUAUUGUAAUGAUGGCUAUUAAAUUUGCCUAUAUAAUUAGUACAUUCAAAGCUAUCCGCUGGGAACUAUUUUAUCCUCAUCCUCACUCAUCCUUUAAUGCAAAAUACUUUAAGUGAUGAAAUUGAAACGUGACCUUCUCUGC